AUGGCAAGUCAAUAUACGUAUAAUAAGUAUUACCAACAUUCACCAAGCAUGGGAAGUGCCCAACCAAACAGUAUUGGAAUGGGUAGUAACAACACAGCUUCAACAAAUACUUCCUCAGCUAAUAAUACUUCACCUUUGAACAACUUGGCAUACCUCACACCACCCGGCUCGGCUAGCAAUAGUUUGUCGAGCUCAUUGUCCAGCACUGGCUCAUCUUCACUUUUUGGUUCUAAUGUUUCUAACACAUCAUCAACAUAUUCAUUCCACAACCCCAGAUUAAGAUAUUAUUUGUCAAAAUCCUUUGAUAUUGAAGAUGAUUUGGAGUUUUGCCCAGAGAUUGUUGACCACGGUGUUCACAGUCCUAAUGUUAAAAAGUUUAACCCUUACACAUCAACAUCCUUUUCACCAAGUCAAGAACUACCACAACAUAACAUUCAUCAGCAGAGCAGUUCUUCCGGUGCCGGCACCAACUCUCCACGUGUGUCGACCCCAAGGAUUAAAAAGGCUUUAGAGAUUAUUAACCCUCAAACGAAGAUGAGAGUCGGAUCUCCAGCAGCCUCCCAAAACAAGUAA